AAAACGGGUGGUCUCCUCUUUCUCCCUCUGCCUCUUUCCAACCCCCCUCCUUUUUUGCCAUCCAAUUUCGAUGUUAAUUCCUCAUCAUUGUUUGCAUGGACCUCUGCUGAGAGCAGUUACGGAGGCUAAUUUUUCCAUCUGUCCUGCUUGGGCCAGUGACUGGGGAAGCAUGGUUGCUGUUACCUCCUUCAGGGCAUUGAUCAGUGGAGCGUUAAGCUUUUAAUUGAGGUGUAAGUGUAUCAGCUUAAGGGGGAGGUAGUGGCCGGUGGUGUAGUACAGGCUGGCUGUAGCACAGCGCAGAGCUUUCAAAGAGGCAAGAGCUCUUUUGCACUCACCAGUGUUUGGGCAAAUACGAAGAAGUAGCCAGCUCUGGAGAGACGCCAGCUCCAUCGCUAUGAUUCUAGGACCAGCUAAUCACAACAACUCCCUCUUAGCCUCGCUUCCCAUCCCAGGACGGUCUUUACAUCCAUCAUUGGAUAUCAAGCAUUUUCUGACUUUCCGCCUCAAUGGCACCCCUCCACUCAACCUUUUUCCUAAUUUCAAUACGAUGGAUCCAGUACAAAAGGCAGUAAUCAACCAUACCUUUGGUGUUCCCAAUCCACUUAAGAAGAAGCAGUUCAUCUCUUGUAAUAUUUGUCAUCUGAGAUUCAACUCUGCGAAUCAAGCUGAGGCACAUUACAGAGGCCACAAGCAUGCCCGGAGACUCAAAGCCAUUGAAGCAGUGAAAAAUAAGCACAAGACAGCUGACAAUAGCAGCAGCAGCCAAGAAAAAAUGGCUAACUUUGAAGCUGCACUAGAUAUCAGCAGAGACACCACCACCAACAGCAGCAGAGCACAACCCAGUAGCUUGCUAGGAUUGAGUCAACCAAUGGCAGAACAUUGCAACCUCAUGCUGAUGUCCCCGACAGAGGAAUCACCAGCCAAGAUACCUACUGGCGUCCUGUCCCUGGUGUCCCCAUCAGUUUCAGAGCCCUUGGAAGUUGCUUCAGAUAGUGCAAGUGUGAGACCAGCAGCAGCAGCUGGUAUGGAGGUGCCAGCAACUGAAUCUGGAGGAACCGCCGGCUCAGCAGCAGAGGUGGAGAAAGAGGGAAAGAAAAUCAAGCAGCACUUGUACUGUCCCACUUGCAAAGUAACAGUUAACUCUGCCUCUCAGUUGGAGGCUCAUAAUUCUGGAGCAAAGCACAAAUUGAUGCUGGAAGGGCAGACUGUUUUGCCAAGGCGAAGCCGAGGGAAGGUUCUCUCUCGAGCAGGACACAAACCCAAACGGAUUGGCAGUAAGGGCAGCCUCAACAUUCAGAACAAGGCCUUCCAAUGCCAGGUGUGCGAGAUCUUUGUCAACUCAGAGACACAACUCAAACAGCACAUGAGCAGUAGACGUCACAAAGACAGGCUUGCAGGGAAGCCACCAAAGCCCAAAUACAGCCCGUACAGCAAACUGCAGAAGAAUACUGCCCUGGCAGUGAGUAUUCUCAAGUCCAAAGUGGCUCUGCAGAAGCAUCUUACGAAGACCUUGGCUGCCCGGUUCCUGCCAAGUCCUCUGGCACCCGCCACUGUGUGUACUUUGCCCAGCCCAUUAACUCUCCGACCAGCUGCUGCUACCCUCUUCCAAGCACCCAUCUUUGGACCAGCACUUUUUCGAUCUCCCCCAGGCCCUGUGCGAGCAGCUACAGGCCCCAUUGUUUUUGCCCCUUACUAGAGAAACCCCAAAGGUUGUUUAGGUGGGGAAUUGUAGACCAUAGCUGUACAAAGAAAAUUGGAGAGGGCUGUAUUCUGAACAAAGGAAAAGCAGAAUCUUUGAACUGUUUGAAGUGGAACUUCUUUGUUUGUUUGUUUGUUUGAGAUUUCCACUUAUGUCAUUAACUCAAUUAUACUUGGAAAUAACUUUCCUAUUGUCUGAUUCUCCCACAAUGCACCAAUCUUUCUAACUAGUAGUAUACCUAGAAGCACAAUCUCACUUAUCCAGAUGGUCAUGUGGUAAAGUCAAAAGUAUACAUUCAAAAUAUCUGUGAACUUAAAAGUAUCUGUCCUUUUAAAACAGAAUUAUAUUAAUUAGGAAUUUGUGCAAUUGGAACUCCAAAGAAGCUUCUUUUCCAAAAUGCACCUUUAUGAAAAUCAGAUUUGCAGUUUCUAAUUCAAUUUACAUUCCCCUUCCCACAAUUGCAGAUUUAAGGAAAACAGUAAUAAUUGAUAAAUAUGUAUUGUACUCCUUGUAAGUUACUAAGAUAUCACUAUGUCUCAUAAAGGAACUGAAAUAGGUUUUUGAAUUGAAGGAGAGAAAGGAGAAGAGAAUAUCUGUUGGGCACAAGAGAGAGAGAAUAAGAAAAGUGCUGUUAUGUAGGUAGAAAAAUGUACGUACGUUAGAGGGUUUUUUGCUUAUGUAUGAAAUAAGAAUGGGAUUUAAAGAAAGAAGGGUAUAAGGAUAGAAUUUUUUCAGAUCUUAAGUCAGCCUUUCCCAGUUGGGUAUUCUUUCAGCUAUAUUGACAAGAUCCAGAAUUUUGAGCCAACCUGAGAAUUCUUAUAGUUUCAACAUAACCAAAAGAUACCCUAGUGGGAAAGACUGUUUGGAGACUAUCUUUAUAGAUAUUAUGGUGUGUAUUGUCUAAGGUGAAGGAGUGGUACUGGUAAGAAUAUGGAACCCUGUAGAAAAUGCACAAUAUGAUUCACACAUAAUUGCCAUGUGUCCUUGAAUAUUUGAAACUACUUAUUUCCCAAUUUCUGUUAUCAUAUUCAUGAUAGUCUAAAGGAACAAUCCAUUGCUGGUAUCUACUUAAACCUACUGAAUGAAGAAGAAAGACGAGCCAGGAUUUCCAUGAUGACGUCAUUCAUAGAAGGAUUAAUGUCAGCAAUGUCAAAGUAGUAGAGUUCAAGUUUGAGGACAGCUGGAUUUCAUAUUUUAGGAGCAAAAUCCAAAGCAUUAAAAUUACUCUAUUAGAAAUAUGUUACUAAUCACUAAUUCCAAUAUAAUGCUUUUGAAUUUAAUGAAUUUAUUACAAGUAUGCAUAUUGCAAUUUUGUGAAAAUGAGCUAAUACUGCUUACUCUCAGAUAAUAUUGUAUGCUGCAGUUUUCUGGAGCUUUUUGGUUGACUGAAAAAAAAUGUACCUAGUUCAUAAAUAUCUAGGACUGUAGUAAUGGGUCAGAGAUUGCUGCCCUAUUUCCUAUUGCAAUGCAUAGGAUGUUGCUGCUCACAAACCAAAUUCCAUAAGACUGAAAGUUGGAAAAGAUGUAUAUACAAUAGCCAUUCACUUCAGCAAAUGAAGCAAGCCAUGGACAAUCUUCCAAUAUUAUUAGUUAUUGGAUAUAGGAGUUUAUUUUUUCACUUGCCUAAGUUAUGGAUAUCAGUCAAAUACAAAGCAUAACUAAAAUCUAUUGGCUGAAGCUUUCUUCAGUUUUGCUUGCAGCUGUAAUAAUUCCUGACACCUUAAGAGAAAUAAGGGAUUUUUUUCCAGGGCAGUUCUUUAGAUUUGGCUCAUUUUAGGGGGAGUGGGUGCCUAUAGUAAUGGGCUGCAGAGAUUUGGCAGAAUACUUUUGCUACUCUAGGAAAGAAAAGCAGGGAAUUUUAUCUUAUGUGAGGGACCUCAACUAAGAAGUUUGACCUGUAUAACAACAGGUGACAAUUUACCAAACGCAGGAGGGUAUUUAACUACUUGUUUAGUGGCUGGUUGGUUGUGUCAUCCUGGAAUGAAUGUUCCCUGUUACUUGGCAGAACAUUUCAGAAUAUCACUUUACUGUGUGUUGAUAUGUGGCCACAGAAGCAAUAGAAUAAAUACAGGAAAAGGAAAGCAGAUAAAAAAAAUCUGUUAGACAGCCACAAAUGAAAUAGUAGAUGGCUCAAGACAUUUUGAGUUAACACUAUGAGCAAACUUUGUUGAGGAAUAAUUGGCAGAUCCAGUAGGAUAUCAAAUUCGAGAUCAUCCCUUUCUCAAAAUCUUUCCUCGUUCCUGCAGUUCUAGAUAAUUGUACAAGCAAGUCUUCUCGAACUGGUGCUUUCAAGAUGUAUUGAGCCAAAUUAUAUGCUGGAUGAAAAUAAGAGUUUUAAGUUCUGACAUAUCUGGGGAGUAUCUUAUUAGGAAGGCAUGUUUAAGCUAAUUGCACCAAAUGUUUCAUACUCCAGAUUGCUUUUCAGGAUUCUCUUUACUUUUUUCCUUUGGAACCCUCUGUUCCUUAAAACCAGCCUUAACUCAAAAUCUGGAACUAUUGGACGCUACAGGCAAGCCAUAGAAAAAGACCAUGAUUGUCAUACCAUUCUUAUAAACUUUCCAGAAGUCUAAAGUCUGACCAUUAUUGAGGUUCCUCAGUGCCAAUUCUAUUAUAUCAUGCAACUAAUCACUUUAGCAAGACAUCCUGUAGUUUUUUCCCCUUUGAUCCAGUAUAUUAGUAAAUAUAAAUCUCAUAAACCUGUCAACUGAAGCACAUCCUAAAUACAAAGCUAACCAGUGGCCAGAGAGCAUUAUUGGAUAGAGCUGAAAUAAAACAAGCAAUUAUUGAUGGCCACAACUAAGUGAUGAAACAUUCCAAUCUAUGCAAAAUACUAAUGGAAUGGUUGUUAUUUGGUUUCCAGGCCUGUGUUAUGGUUGUUUUGUAUCCAAAAGGCAAGGAUGAGAUCUGUGGCCAAAAUCUAUACAUAAAAAACAAAGGUAUUGCUGUCACAGUGAUCUUGUAGAUAUGAAAUGUUCCUUUUCAUUGUAGAACAGCAACAUCCCUUUCUUUUUAUUAGAUAUGGAAAUAUGCCAAUUGGUUUAGCCUGCUGAAAUAUAGGUAUUGCCAUGAGGAGCAGUGUACUACUAGCUGCCUAAAAUGUGGUAGAGUUGAAGAGGUCUGUCCGAGAACAAGUAAAUUGUCUGUCAGUCCAUUUGCAAUGCAGCCUAGUUACCU